AUGCUCCAGAAAAUACUUUUUCAUCUUAUUCUUUUGAAUUAUGAGAUUGCAGAUGGAAUUAAAAUAUGUAAGCAAUUUUUCGUGUAGUGAAAUCGUAAGUCUCUCAAACACAGCAGCUUGCGCCCGUCUUAAUGAAACCGUUUACCAAUAACCGUGACAUGAGGAUCGUGCGUGUCAUGGUUCCUCCACACACUCUAGCGUUCAAUGUGGAAAGUUCUGCUAAGAAGGCAGAUGAAUGUGACAUAUGUCACAUUGGUAUUGAAAUGUGAGUUUACAUUUUUCAUUUAAAUUAAUUUAAAUGAAAAAACAACGAAUUCGUUGUUUGAAGGAACAUUCGGCCAAAAAGUCUGCUGGUAGGGAGACCUUUUCAAGUACCUCUUCCAUCGUUUACCUUCCCUUCUGCUGAUUCGACCAGCUUUGUUGGUUCUCUGGGACCUCGCGAAACUAAUACGUCAGCAUCUUUGUCCGGCAUAUAUAAACUAAAUUUUCCAGUUUAUGCUAGAGAAGUCGGGGAAUGGUUUAUUGCCGUAUAUGUUAGUGAUACAUCCAGCACGAAUAGUAAAAUGCUACUGGUGCCUUUCCAUUUUAUUAAUCGUUCUGAUUCAUUCCGUUUGUAAUCGACACUGGCACCAGCCGAUACGCGUGUUUUCAUUCCCAACUAUUUGCAGUACAUCGGACUUGUUGAUACCUCAAAACCUGAUUCUGGUUUUAACUUGCGUUUUUUAUAAGCUUAAAACUUCGGUAACAUUUCUGCUCAUCUGGGAGCCUUAGGUAAACGUUGGUGUCUUCUAUGCGGUUUUAGGACACUUCUUGCCGAUUUUGGUCUUUUUCGAAAGCUAUUUUCGAAGUUUUGGAGCUAGACGGUUGCCUAAGCACAACCAAUAUAGCACCCAGCCCGGUCCGUUCGUCUUCUGUAAACUUUGGAGAAUUUGAUGUUCCGAACCAUUUAAAUAAUAAAACCGGGCUUCCCAUCUUCAACUCACUAUCUUUGUCUGAAUAUUCUAGAAAAACAUAUUCGUACAUUUUUCCCUAUAUAGUAACUCCUCAGUUUCAUGCUUAAAUAACGAAUAAAUUCCACCUCUUGAUAUCGUAGAGUAAAUUUCUUGAUGGUUCGACUUAAUCCAGCCGUUAUACUUUCGGGGGCCUCAAGUUCCGCGUCUACGAAAUUACCUUUGAUCAAUUUUAAUUUAUCUGGUUUUUGGGAAAUCUUGUAUGUGUUUUUUGGUCUCUUUGUUCCAAAUAUUUAAGUCUUUUUCCAAGGAUGUGUGACCUUCAAAGAUGCGGGCUUUUGAAGAAGCUUUCCUGGCGCCUGCAAGAACUACGCUCCGUAUCAAAUAGUUACCUGUGUAGUACGAAUUUUCCCGUUGAUUUUCGUUGUCCGUGUAAAUCCAAACAUACUUGAUAGACGAAAGGCACAUAAAUAUUCCUUGUCUUACUCAUUUUAUAUCAGAUUUCGUCGGUACAUCUCCUAUUUGAAGAUAAGGUAUCUUGUGGUUUCGAAACGUUUCUAAUAUGUGAUUUUUAAGAACGGUAAAUGUCCAUUCAAACAGUGUCGCAUCAGCACGUUUAUCAUUGCAACCUAUAAUGUAUACAAUCUAGUCUAUAUACAUUGCACAUUUCUUAUGAAUCCUAUAUGACGCCUUCCUAACAGCAUAUCGAAAUUAUGAUAUUCGUUUUUAGUAUGAAAGCCCUUUAUUUAGAUGUAACGGCGGGUGGGAUAAGAAGGUAUUCGGGAAGGAAGAAGUUUUAAAAAGCAGAAAGACACUUUCUCGAAUGACGGCGAAAUUUCGAGUUCCAAGUGCAUGCAUAAGUGAAGAGGAAGAUAAGUCGAGCACCGACAUUUUCCCUUUAAAUAGCUAAUUCGAAGAAGCAACUUGCUACCAAAUGAGUACAAGGAAGAUUAUUUUUCUGCAUUUUCCCUACAUAAUAUAUAUAUAUAUAUUUCCGUCGGGAUUCGAGUUAGCAUAGGUUGUUUAGAUAAAUUUUCCCAGUUGAUUUAAUGCUCCCUACUAGAUAAAUCCGCAAAUGCACAGAUGCGGUGGUCGGUAGUAACCGACGGGGGAAAUGGCGUGGAUAUAAAGAAGGAUUUAUUGCCGUCUCGUGGGCAUCCUUUGCGGUGAUAAAAUAACUUCGUAGUGCAUUCUGCAUGAGAAGUGUGGUCUCUGAAUCAGUAAAGUAGCCAACGCAUGAGGUCUCGUUUCAUCAGCUCUAUCACCUGUGCAUACAGCAUUUUGUUAUGUUUAUGUUGGAUUAUCUAAUUUGUUAGCGGCUUUGAUAAGCCUGAGGAUAGUAAACUGUAGUGCCUGACCGACCCCAUGAAAUCUUGGCCAAUAUUCUGGAAUGCGUUUCCGAUAAGGAAGGAUUGCUUAAGUGGGGUUGUUGUAUCAAUUAUCAAGCAUCAUAACCCUAUGACAAUUCAGACUCGACAGGAUGUGGGCUUUUGAAUGCACUUCUUUAUGAUCUACUGCAGAAACUACACUCGGUGAAAAAUGGCUACUUAUGUAGCGUGUAUUUUUCCUAUUGAUUUUCGAUGGUCUUAUAAAUUCAAAUAUAUUUUACAGAAAUCAUGCACAAAAAUAUGCUUUCUUUUGUUCAUUUGGAGGGAAAUCAUAUUAUCUUUGUAGUUUAUGCGGAAGAAAGUGUAUAUUUAGGAUUUUAAAAAGUUUUAAAUAUGAGAUUUUUAAGACCGUGCGAUGUCCAUGCGUCCAAGACCGCACAUAUUCGUUUACUAAUGCUUCUCAUGAAAUGUACAACACAGCCCCGAUCCAAUGCAAAAUUUCAUGAAAAUCUAUAUGAUAUCUCCUCAAAGGCAUAGAAGAAUAUAUGAUUUUCCUUACGCGGAAAGCAUGCACCUAGUAGACUGAAAUUGCUAAACGCUGAUGCAAUGGCAGAUCAGGCUAAAAAUUAUUCGUUAAUUGGAAAACUUUUUAAAAAUCUAACUGUACAAAUUCUUCGGCAUAAACUAUGAAGACAAUGUAAUUUCCCUCCAAAUGAACAGAAGACAGUAUAUUUUUGUGCAUGGUUUUUGUAAAAUAUAUUUCAAUUUAUAAGACCAUCGAAAAUCAGUAGGAAGAAUGCACGCUACAUAAGCAGUCAUUUUUUACCGAGUGCGGUUUCUGCAGGUCAAAAAGAAGUGCAUUCAAAAGCCGACAUCCUGUCGAGUCCGAAAUUUUAUGGGGUUAUGCUGCUUGCUACUUAGUAUUACAACCCCACUUCUUAUCGGAAACGCGUUCCAGAAUUUUUGCCAACAUUCCAUCAGAUCGGUCACGCAUUGUGCUUGGAGGAUAUGUUGGACGUCUGCAGAAAAGUCUUUGUUCAUAGCUUUUUUAGAAACUGAAAAAUGAAAAUGACGCCAUCUCCAGCUUAAUGCGUAUGAGAAAUCGGUUUUCCUUUCAUCAUGACUGAAUUAAUGUGGGCAUCAAACACAAAUAGAAGCAGUACACAUCACUCUAUUACAUUUAUCCACGCAUACUCAUAAGUUAUCAUGUCGUUAUAAAUGUACGAGCCUGGUAUUCCUUUCAUUGUUAAUCUUUUCCGAAACCACACUUGCCUGGCUUUUUGCGAUGUAAAGUAUUUCGUCAGUCACACAGAGUCUGUGCUCGUUCGCGGGUGGAAUUUGCCUUUUCCGGCGCAGUUCAGACUCGCUGUAUUCCGUUUGGUGAGAAAAAACGUGCUAGAGGUAACCCUUCACUGACGUCAUUGACACUGAUUUUCCCAACUUCCCCAACGUCUCCCUCUGCCACUUUCCCCGCUAUUGCCGUCAGCCGGUACUACCCAAUCAGUGAAGUAUUCGUGCAGCCUCUUUGAUGUGCGAUUAACCUGUCUGAAUGGCCGAGGCUUUCCGGCAGGCCUUUGUGUGUAAACCAAAAGGGACAAUUUCUGAAGAAGCCAAGGGCGCAGACUCCGGAAAUGUAGUCAUUAUGCUGCGCCGAGUUCAACGCCCUAGAAGUGGGCACUUGUUUUUAUGCUUUGGGAUAAAAAUUAGACCCCGUCUGAGCAAACGCGCUUUAAAAAGAUCUGGCUGCGCUGACGUUGCUGAAUUUCUCGUAUGCCUGAUAAGCUGCCUGUUGCAAUUUUAGAGGGGGCUAAACGUGUCAGAUAGCAGGCGAAGUCGGAAUUACGUGCAUUUCGUCCGUCCUUGGGGACAGACCGGUCAUCGUUACUCCCAUACGACUGAAUAUUUCCGACCGCCACCGACAGGGUCUUCCCGACUUGGAGUUGGGGUAUGAAUGACUGUCAAUAGCAAACAGAGUCGUUCCAGUCAUCCAAUCCUGCCUCGACAAAACUUCUCAUUCGCGUAUUCUCCUAAUCUCUCGGUCUUAUAAAAGGUAGUUAAGUUUUUUGUUAUGUUAUUCAGAGUGGGCUUAAAACGUAUGGAGGGCUUAGAAACCCAUCUCCUCUGCUCCAAUUCGUUACAGUAGGAGUGAUCGUCACUCUGAACGCAGUCUCAUCUAAGGAAAACAAACACAGACUCCAGCCUCUGUUUUAUUAGUCAUGCUUAUUACGCCUUCCCCGGUUUUCCUCCAAUCUCUACGUAGAGGUUUCAGCAUCGCGUCCAAGGGGCAUAUGGUAGACCACUGGGGGUUUUUGUAUUCAACCAAUCACAAAAUUGGCCGAUGAACUCGGGACGAUUAACGACCAGACAAUUACUGCGCCAAGUACAAGUAAUAGCAAUUAAUGCGAGCAAUACUAGUUUCAGUAGCUUUCAUAGAUACGUGCAAGUCCGAAAGUGAAUUCGAGAUGUCAGACGAAUAAGGUUUUUGUCCCAGCGAUAAAGUCUCCUCAGUUAGCCAUUCACUCGAAAGUAAUUAGGAGUUAGAAUUCUCGGUAGGGAGGGUAAGAUCUUCAGGGCGGAGGAGGGCUCAGCGGUGCAGGUAAUCAACAAUAGCAAGGAGAUAAUUCUGUAGGAAUGUUGGUAAAGAAGAGGAGAACUACGACGGCUAUUUCCGAUCUUCCAAGCAUCGUCCAACAGUAACAUCCUAACCCCGGACCUCGUUUUCGAAGGUAUCCUCUGAGUACCAUGCGAGGCCUCUAUGUCCAGGCUUUAAGGUCAAUUUUCAGAAGGUUGUUCCGCCCCAGAACCAGACAGAUAGAGUUUCAUCUCCCGAAUAAAUAGCCAGUUGAUAAGACACGGGAUUCAAUUGCAGAAAGGGUACCUAUUCACGUGUCCUUAUCCUAAACACAAACGCAAGCCCAACCUUCGCGCUAAUUCUAACCAGUAUCACCCUGAAAUAAGGCAAUCUGCAUUGCGGGGGUUCCCAUUCCCGUGUCCUACGUGUCUACAUGUGUCUUAGCUGUGUUAACCAGCUUUCCUUGUGUUUCUUUGUUGGCAGAUUCCGCAUUAUUCUAACUAGACGUGAAGGUACCAGGACGAACUGGAAUUUCACAUUGUUUUUCUUUAAAAUGAGCGAACACGCCAGCCUUAUCUCCGCCUUUGACUCCGCAACCUGAACUUUGUGCGUUGGUCGUCAUGAAAAGGUUGCUAAUUUUGUCCAGUCCACAAUAUAUGACCAUUCACGAACGAGCAUCAUUUUUCAUCCCAUUAAUGUCCGGCAAUUGAAAGUGGUGUUUGUGCAUGCAGGACUCUGCGUCUUAAAGCCAUUAAUCACGAUAUUGUUCGUGACAUGUAUUUCGUUGUGACCUGUUUCAAUUAUUUGUGAGACAACAAUUGUCCCUGCACCCUUCAACGACUACAACAUUGACCAAAACACCCCCCUCCCACCAAGUGCGUGGGAAGGCAGGAUUAUUGCCUGAUUGGUUAUUACCUGCGUAGAGGAAGUUAUCACUGCUUUACUACUUAUCCCAUCAGAUUUAUGCAGCCGGCCUUCUAGAAAAAAAAACAGCGUCAAGUAAAAGACAAGAAGGCUCAAGGUGUUACACUAACGUGGCAGAGUCCAUGAUUUACUGGAGGAUCAUGCAACGGCAGAAGCAUCGGCGGCGAAGCACACAUCCGAGUUUCUGACUAGCAUCAUUUCGAAAGAAUGGUAAAAGUGUACUCCUGAUUGUAGCAGUUUUGGUUGCUCCACAGAAUUUUAGUGUCAUCACCUCAAAAUCUCACCAGAAUUUCGAGACUGACCCCAAAAGGUCGUGUCCCAUACACGUGCUUCAAAACCAUGGCAUCUUUGAGACUCCGCAUUCAGUAAUCUGGGCACGCUUUUAGUAUGCAGUCAGCCUUCUUCUAGGAGGGCUGCCUCUGUACUAUUAUGGUGAUGUUGGCGCGGCCUGACUAAAUGCCAAGUCGUAUGGCAUUACGGACAAAGACAAGGUAGACAGUCUCCCUUGUCUUUGUCAGUAAUACCACACCGCCUAUAUCAUGCGCCACUGUGCGACUGCUGGUUGGGCUCGAGUGAGAGCCCGUAAGGCACAACGGAACGAGUGAGUUCCAUAAGAACGAUCGGUUAGCGCCCCCUACCAUUAAAUGCCAAAUGUUGUAAGUUUUAUAACUACUUACCGCAUAGAUCCUGAUGUAUUCAAGAAACUUGAAACAGAAAAGGCAUCCGCCCGACCCUCAAAAUUCGUGAUCAGUUGCCUGAAGGAAUUGCGAAUUGAAGGCAGGCCUCUGGCUGCCUAUCUUGUUAUUUCAUCCUACACCUUUGGUCCUGUUUAAUUGCAUUGCAUGACGAAUGGCUCUGUGGAGAGGGAGUAAGGACAAAGUAACUAAACAAGUUCUACAAUGAUGCUGGGUGAUUUUUUUCUUUCAUAAUGUCCCCGUUAUUCGCAGUGAUUCAAUUCCCGCAGAUUUCUGGUAUGUGACAGUUCAGUAUUACUUCUGGAGACUAAAAUAUCCAACUCUCGUCCUUUUUGUGAUGACUCCCCUAAAUAGUUCCUGAUGUGUAUGCUGUUAGUGCCAUAUGGAAUUUGCCAGAGUCAUCCUGCGCUUGAUAACUGCCCACUUUCAGCAAACUGUCGUCAAUAUCAUAAUCACUUGCGUUGGUUUACUCUAACAUAUGAAAUGUUGGCACAUCGGCAACGCAAUUCUUUCAAUCAAGCGGUCGCUCUUAAGUGAUCAGAUAGAUUAGAUCAGGUAAGACCUGCCUAACGAUCAUUUUUAUUUCGGUAAACAGGUCUAAAUACAAACUAGCAGGUUUUUGAUUAACGCUAGUCGUCGGCUGAGCACAAGUCUUAUUAUUUUCCAGUUAGGAGACCUGUCCAUUAGACUGUUGGUACGCUCUUCUUCAGCAAAAGUUGUCAGUUGAUGGUUUGAUUUCAACUGAUCCCAGGGCACUAAGUAGUAUGUCCUGUUUGAAAGUAAGGCUUAAGAUCUCAGUCAUACUGUGAUUUUCGAUGCCUGUUAUAUGCACAGAAUUUUCUAUGGAGAUCCGCCCAUAGUACUCGAUGAGGAUCUCUACCAGCUGGGAGGCCUCCAUAACGUGUGCUCGGGCUAGAUUACGGCAAAGAGGGCCAUCAGCAUCGGCCUCGCUUCUUUGAUUCCUCACGUUCUAGUGUCUAGAUUAGAUCAAAACCAUAGAAUUUGGGAUUGAACGCAGUACACGUAACAUAUUUUUUAAUUCAGCUCCACAAUGGACUGGAUUGUGUUCAGCCAGUUCGUCCUGCCUGCUUUACGUCGUGCGCCUCAAUGCCACUCACUCUAGGAAGCAACCCUGUGCUGGCAGUAGCUAGACUGCUAACUUGCUGGCCGCGACCAUCAUCGAACUGGAUUCCAAUAACGACUGCUCUUGGUGGCCAUCCUUUCAUAUUGUGCCUGGAAGUCGUGCGUAUGCAGUUGCUUUCCUCAUAUUACUUUCCUCCGGGCCGUAAUGUACCAUAAUCUGGUGUUUCAUGUACCCCAGUUGCAGCUUCCUCUCUCCGCCUGAUGCCACAAGCCUGGAUUUCAUUCUCCUGCAAUGCUUUUCCUCCCUAGAAGGGGUCGAAAGUGUUCCGGGUAUCGACAGUCAGGGCCGCGUCCACCGGUUGCCUUCUCAUCCCACCAACAAUGCAAGCUCUGGUGAUUGGAAGGAGCUUUCACCAGCCAGCUGUCCAAUCACCAUCGAGCUGAGCACCGCUGGGCCUCCUCUUUCCUUGUUAACUAGCAGCAGUAACACCUCCGCCAACCAGAACACUUCAGAACUGCCACAUAAGAAGCUCCAACCCCUCCAGAAUAAGGAUGAUGGUGUCGAUCGUGGUUAUGAGCCUCUGUUAAAGAGAAAACUAGCGGAGCCUUCUGGAGCGGGACAUGGUACUGGCGAUUUUCCCGGUGACACGCCUACCUUACUAGACGUUCAUGGCGAGGGCUCCUCUGUGAGUCUUAAAUUGAGGGAUCUACGCGGGCAUGACAAUGUCGUCAACUAUCUGUACCUGAAGAAUCAUCAGCCAAAUGUUCGACUCCUCAUCAACUUCCGUUUGAGACCGCAUUUUGGUGAGCAUUGUAACCACUGUUUUCGCCAUCGUAAAUCCCUUAGGAUUUUUUCACGACCUCCGUACAGAUUAAGCUUUCUAAGGAAAGAGAUUAAGUCACCUUGCAUGAGAAAAGACGACUUAGUACUGAGCGCUAUGUGGCUUGUCCUUGAGUGAUGGUUUUCUUGAAAAUCGAUCGUUCGCAUGACCGAAAUUGACACUGAUGAUUUUGCCGCUCUCUCCGGAAGUUACUGGUUUCACAGGAUUGCGCACUAAAGUGCCUCCGUUUUAAAAGCAUACUUCUGACAAAAUAAUCAGGGUGUUUAGAAAUAAGUGAUAGGUAAACCGACUCAGUCAACCUGAAGCCUAGUAAUAAAUCUCAUGCACGUUAAGCAUGACGUUAGGCGUCUGUAGUUCUUGUAUUCUGGCGACAUGUGCAUUUCGAACUGUUGAACAGGUCGGGUGUAUGUCCCUGCUGCGCUACGGCCAGAUUACCUGAAUCCGCAGUCAAGGAUAAGCUGACUUGCUAUAGCAUAGUGGGUGCUCUUCGGAAAACCGCAGAAAAUUGAUUUCCCGACGAAGGCUAUGCGGACUGACAUUCUCGACAACAGAUCUUGCCCGUCUUGCCUAUGAAGCAAACGAAAAAGCUACCGACGGCCAUUCUCUUGUUAGCGCCGAUCGCGGCCCUUGUUGGUCUUCUGCUCAUACGAAAGGUUUACUCUCCCAUCCCUUAAGUACAGUAUUUAAUGGUCUAAUUUUUUACGAAAACAUAAGUAUAAAAGUAUUUUUUUUCUACAUCACACUGUGGAAUACGAUUGAAGAUAGGCGAAAAAUACACGCUUUCGUCUAGACUGAGAUUUACUUAGGUUUCAGUUAUGACUUCCAGUUUAAAGGUAUCACUCUAUCGCGCACAUCAAGUUAGAGUUGCUGCCUAUUCCAGUAGGUUUUGCAAUCUUAAUUAGGCAGUUUGUUGCAGACGGGAGGCAGAUAGGUCUUCGAUCGUUUUCGGCAAGUCAACGUCAGGCCCAUAGAAUUGCAUGUAUAAUUGAAGCACCUGGGACAGUCUAAGCUUCAUUUGAGUCCUAUCGCUAGGGCUCUGGAGCAAGGGGUGGGAAAGAUGUAAUUAUAAUGAUUGCUGCUCACCGUAGACAAAGAAUGGGAGUAAACGUCGGUCCGGGGACCAUGGGGAGAGGAUAGGGAGGUGUUACACAUGUCUGAUCAACGUAGGUUUUGAACUUUUACCAGGGUCUUCUGUACACGGAAAAUUGGGCUCUAUCCGUGCGGCCCUUAUUUUUACCUGAUGAGAGUGCUGGUUGAGUGACUGCAGCAGUCUGCCUUUCAAUAAACCACUCCAAAAGGCUUUUUUAGAGUCAAAUUGAUUUCCAUCUUCAACCAGGUGUCCUAGGAUUGGCCCCAAAGUGACUAUCUUCUCAGCGUUCGCUGCAGACGCCAGUAGGCGUCCUUAAUCCUCUUAAAAGGUCAUUAAUCCGUCUGAUCGACGUAUCUUGCUCCACACAAGUAGCUAAAUGCAUAGACGCACAUGCGAGGGUCUAGAAUGACCGCCCACGCCUAUGAAUUUGAAGUAAAAACUAGAGAAGCUCAUUUUUAUUCUGCGAGAAGCUGUAGACAGUUUGCCUCUCCUGAAUGCUACUCUAACCUGCCAAUUUUUCUUUUCAACUGUGGAAAUUUACUUGUUUGAUAUUCGUUCCCUCGUGUCCUAUGGUACAAUCCUUAGAGAUGUCCAUUUGCAUGAGGACACUUCUGCUAUAUGCUCCUUCUAAGGAGUCCCCAGAGCACUAUCCUCUCAUCUAACGGCAACUUAUUGAACUAAACUUCUUCCUUGACUUCGCGGACACGCUUCUGCCGAUUGAACUGUGCUGCUUGCUAUUCAAUUUCACCAUCACUCCACCUAAGUCGGCUGUUUUAACUUUUCUGACAAGGAUAUCAUUGAAAUACCGGAAAUUAUGACCUGUUGUGUCUAGAAAUUCCUGAAUUUGGACUCUCUAACCCGCUCGUGACGGAACUAGCCGGAAUUGAUUGUAAGAGUGAUCUCCACCCCGUCGGUUCGUCUGUAGAUGUAUCUCUGUGCUACUCGUAGGUGUGGAUUCAGCCCCCUUGAACUGGUAUGCCCGCGCCCAUCUCCAGCCCUCGUGACUUUCUACCAUUGAGAAACUCGGCGGUCCUGGUGGUGUUCAAACCCACGACGGCAAGUGCUGGGCUUGUGUGCAGCCAACGCUCUGACCACCUGAGCUAUGAGGUCCCAACGGAGAGCCUUGAAUUUGGUCACAUUUGGUUCAAGUUGCCCGCCUAAUUUGCUGUCAUGGGUCAAACCCCACCGAAACCGCCGAGGUUUUCAUAAUUGAGUCACAUAAAUUAUUCAAAUCUACCGAAAACUUCUGCAGUGUUUGGCCUACCUCAUAAAAUGUUAACCGAAACUGGAAAAUGCGUCUUGGAUUAGAAAGGAUUACUUAGCUAGGGUGGUAAUAUUGAUUAUCGUAAAACAUUAACCUGGAAUAUUUCAGUCACACCAGGUUGCCGACUGUUGAAUGCGCUUCGUUCUGGUCGCUUGUUAAAAUCCCACUCGGUAGAAAAUUGCUACUUAUGUAGUGCGAUUUUUCCCACUGAAUGUUGGUGCAAUUAUAGAUUCUUAAAGAUUUUAUACGGAAGAUGCACAAAACUAUUCGUUCUUGUGCUCAUUUGGUAACAGAUUGCGUCUUUCUUAAAUUUUAUACGCGAGGGAAGGGUAUCUUUUGGCCUUAAAGACAAAGAAUUUGACUGUGUCCCACAGACUAUGACUAGGCUUCAGCCUGUCACCAUUUAGUUCUGGAGUACUUUUGUCUCUAUGUCAACAGGAAUGCCCAUAUUAGCAAGUUGAACACACGUUCGGCCGACAUUCUGAAGAGCGCUUUCGGCUAGCAGGGUUUACUUAGGUAGGGUUGCAAUAAACGCGAUCGUACUUUACAAAAACAUGCGUAAGAAUACUAAUCUCUGCAGUCAUUCGGUAGCAAAUCACGUUUUCUUCAGAUUUCAUAUUUGACGAAAGAGUUCAUUUGGUUUUAGAGAAGUUUCUAAUCAUGGGAUUUUUAAGACCGCGUAACAUUCAUUCAUACAGCACCGUACCUGUCCGUUUAUUAGUGCUCCUCGUUUAGUGGACAGCAUAUCCCGAAUUUAUUGCAAAAUUUAAUGUGCUGUACACGGUAUCUUUUUAAGGGCAUAAAAAGAUAUAUAAUUGUCCAUACGCAAAAAAGCAUGCAACAUGCAGAUUGAAAACGCCAAACGCGAAUGCAACGGGAGAUCGGACUGAGAUGCAUUGGGGAAUUCGAAAAGUUCUUUAAAAUCUUGAUAUACCCUUUCUUCGAGUGCAAAAUGUGAAGAAGACAUGAUUUACUAUCCAAUGAGUGCAAAAUGAAAUGCUUUUCUGCAUGUUUUGUUUAAACUAUAUUUUAAUUUAUAAGCGCAUUGAAAAUCGAUGUGUAGAAUUAAUAUUACUCAAGUAGUAAUUUUCUAUCUUGCGUGGAAGUCGUAAAGAAGUGCAGUCAAACGCCAACAUCUUGGCGAGUCCGAAAUAUUAUGGGACUAUGUCGCGUGAUAAUUAGUCUUACAACCCCACCCAAGUAAUCUCCCCUAAUCGAAAACGCAUUUCAGAAAUUCGGCUAACAUUUCGUGAGAUCAGUUACUGACUUUCCUCAUUGUCCCCUUCCGGUUUGGAACGAGAACAACGAUGCUGAUAUUAAGAAGAUUACGAUGACCUUAUGCUCCAUCACGACUGACGUUGUUGUGUCGUCUCUUAAAUUAGCCCCAUGGAUCUCAGUUUUGGAAGAUGGGUAGAAGAAACGACUACUCGAAACGUCAGACCCCCAAUACACCUCUCCUGGUGAACGCCUCUUUUUCUUUUGAUAAUAAGUUUAUCUAUCUUCGACACAGAAACGAAGGCGGAGUGCAGGUCCUUGUAGAUUUUGUCUUUGGUAUCAUUUUUGCUUGUCAUUUCCAGGCUUAGUUGCCUAUAAUAGUGAGAAAUAUAUUAUUGAGUUUCGGAGGCAUUACUGUGAUAAAACGGUCGUUGACUCCCUGUGAGAAGGGUGACAGUUGUCUCACGAUGUCUUUUUGAACUUCUGCCUCUCACUCUUCUUCCUCCGGAAGUCAGCUACAGAUUAAAGUUUAUCUCACCCAUAUUUCGCCCAGUUGUCGUUGUUUAUAAAAGCCGAUCUCACUGACAGCCACGGUGUCCACCUUGCAUCAAACCAACUCAUUGGCUAAUAGAACUAUUGCCUUGUACGUGGUUGGCUGUUGAGAUGUCUAGGAGGGAUCUCUAUGGACCUCCGCAUCCUUGAGGAAGUUCGAAAGCGGGCAACCAAACUCGUUAGUGGACAGGGUUCACUACCCUACGAAACACGGCCAUCCAGUCUCGGCCAUUUCCCUCUGUUACAGACAACUAAGAGUUGACCUGAUACAAACAUUCCGUAUAAUGCGCGGUCAGUACUGCUGUCUCAUACCUGCUGGCUUCUUUGAGUUAGCGACCACAACGAACCUCCGAGGUCAUCCACUUAAACUACGUUUGACUGGCGCCAGGCUGGAAAUGUGAGAGUUCUUUUCCAACAGAGUGGUCGAGGCUUGGAAUGCUCUGUCUGAAGAUAUCGUCAUGUCCACAUCUGUCGUGGCUUUUAAGAGCAAGUUGGACCAGUAUACCACCAAACAUCAUAAUGUCACCUGAUCCAUAUCGUCUUAGCAUUUCGUUCUAACAGUUUAUUACUGUUCUAGCAUUACUGCCUGUUAGAAACUAUUUCUUAUAAUCUUCCCAACUCCAUUGAUUGUGAUUGUUGGCAUUUAAUUCGUCUCCCUCAGAAACUGAGAUCGCACCAUUAUUCUACAGCGCAAUUAUGCAAAGACUGACUACUCUACACUACGUGUGAAAGGCUUGUAUAACGACUUGUCACUCCUAAAUUGUGUAUCUCCUAAUCCGACACCUCGUAUGCCCCUAUGGACACGCACACACACACAGACACAAGCGCGCAAAUCAGGCCCACCACUGUCCCCACGAGGUGGGCCCAUCAGUGACCCGUACGUGAACCUGUUAAUAGUGACUCAGACUUGCGAUGCAUUCACCUUCCUAUCUCUUCCUAUGUGAUCCACCAUCUCGGUAUCACGAGCCCUUAUCAUGACCAAGCGUAGGCUGUGGUCAGAUGGUGUAUGGCGGGGUGUGGUGACACGCAGGCCCACGCGGUGGGAGCUGGGAUCCAUGCCGCUGUCCCCCUUGUGUUAAAAUCCUGGUCAAGUGUCUGUCGUAGAUCAGGGGCGCCUGGUGGCACGUCUAGGUGCGGGUUCGGCCGUGCCAGCCGCCUUCGUCCUCUGCUACUUCCGGCCUUCUUGACUCUGUCAUGACAUCGGACACAGGUUAGGGAGAAAGAGGGAGUGCGGUAGAUAUGGCCCAAGUCUACUAUCGCCAUAAACUAAUCCGCGUGCUAGUCACCGCGGUUGCUUCUGGCCUGCUGUGGACAUUGUCGAAAUGGACGGCCGAACUGUCAUUACAAACCCAGGCCACCGUAGUCACAAUUUCUGUCCAGGCUACACGGCCAAUGUGAUCGUGCCACACACGAACUGAUCACUAAUUCGAUAUGUACCACACUUUCAUUACAGGGAUCGUGGGCCUUGCAUAUGGGCAUAUGGGGCCACUCUAAGAAGGAGUCACUGCGGGGUAAUCCAAGACCGAGGUAUCCACCUCGGUUGGCAACCUAUCAGAAACGACUGGUAAACAUAUCAGGACAGAUUCAGGUGCGCUGAACUCAUCAUGAUUAUUAAUGCGCCGAUUUGCCUUGAUGGCGAAUUCUGCCGCAAUAUCUGCCUCACUCUCUUUCCGCACUCCAAUGCACCAGCUGGUUCUCCGAGUCAGGCCGAACUGAGAAAACGAUUGGGCGCUGUUACUGACAAAGCUAGGCAGCCACGUACCAAUCGUUCUAUGGAUAGGGGCCGGCAGGGACUAUGUGCAGCCCGAUGAAUGCAUGUGUUGGGCUAAUUCGGUCUCCGUGUAGGUCCAAUUAACGUACAAUUCAGCAUAAACUUCUAAUUAUGGAUAUUUGAUGGCGUGAAACUAAGAUACACAUCUAAGUGGAGACGAGUGGUAAACCUUCAGUAUCGCAAAGAAAUAAGGUGGAGCAAUUGUCGAUUGUGCUGUUUCUUCAGACAGAGGCACCCGUUGCGACACCGCUACAGCACCAGAGACUUUAAAAUGCUAGAAGAACAAUAUUUUUUCAUAUUAAGUUAAUGUGUGCGUCACUGGCGCUAAACUACGUCUGUUCGUCUUGAGGUGGAUAGACUGGUAGGGAGUAAACGUCAGAACUGGCGCUCUCUCGAGCUACUAGCACUGUCUCAACACCCGUGCUCACGACACUCAUUUGCGGCUUCAUGAUGCCAUGCUCUGAACAGCAGUUCUGGCAGCCACAUCCACUGGCAGACGAGGCUAUCUGAGAGGUCAUUUCAUUCUUCUAGCAUGGAUAAAAUUUGAAAUGUGUUUUGCAGAGAGACGGGUCAUGUUGUAACGUGCCACGGGGGCGGGACAAGUCAUACUGGGUCAGGCACUGGGCCCUGUCUCAUUGCUAGUCGCCUGUGCCUAGUCCUAUCACCGGCACAUGGCGAACGUGAGGAGAUGGUGAGGUUGCUAUUGUGCCAGUUUGGCUCAGUAUAAUUUAACACACACACACACACGAAAGUUCACCGUCGGCUCCGACGAUGUCCACCGUGUGCCCCACAUCAGACGCGGUGGGAGCAGGAACGGAGACUUGCGCAGGGGUUUAUUGUGCCAGUAGACUUGCGCUGCACCUAUCCGCACUUUCUCCUCCUCUCCCGUCUGAGCCCGGUGUUAAGACAGAAUCGAGAAGACCGGAGACGGGGAGGGCGCAGGUGGAUGACACUGUCGAACCCACACCUUAGCGUUCCACUCCAUAUCCCCUUGUCCACAAAACAAAUAACCAGGUUUUUGACCAACAACGACAGAGCAUAUGGAGGCUGCAACGGCCGAAGACUCACCUAGGCGUGCCGCCCACACCCGGCUCAGAUCCCACACAGUUGGAGUGCCAUAAAGGCCACAAUAAGAAGGAGUCAUUGCAGCUUGACUAUCAGACCACCAGUCAAGGUGGUCCUAGUUGUCCAGUCAGUUGGCAACCUUUCAAGCCAAGGCUUUUAGCGCACCGUGAUAGCUUCAAGCGCGUCAGAUUGUUUUUAGUGAGGAGAAAGUGCGCUGAAUCGUCGACCUCACUCUCCCUUCCCAUCCCCACACCCCAGCCGCUGUCCGAGCCGGUAAGCAGACUGGAGUGGGGAAUGGGCGCGGUGGCUGGCACGAUCGACUGACCAUGCCUGCUUGCGCCACAGCACGACCUGGCCCCCCAGACACAUACACACACACAUACACAACGCGAUGAACUGCAUGGGCCGAGUGGGGCGUCAAUCAGAAACCUUCCUAUCCGCAUCACCUACAGGACGGACGGUCACCUCCUGAAUCAACAGCGGAUGCACUUCCAAUCGCGCGUAUCCACAACCACCGUUCACAAACUUCUAUUCGCCGAAGACUGCGCCCUCAACACCACCUCGGAAGAGGAGAUGCAACGGCGCAUUGGCCUCUUCUCUGCCAUCUGCGAGAACUUAGGUCUGGUUUUCAACACGCAGAAGACGGUGAUCAUGCAUCAACCGCCACCCAGCACAGCCACUCCUCCCAACGCGCCGCAAAUCAGUGUAAACGAAACCUAAAUGCAAGUGGUGGAGAACUUUCCGUACCUGGGCAGUACCCUCUCCUGCAACACCAAGAUCGAUGACGAAGUCGCCAACAGGAUCUCGAAAGCCGGUCAAGCCUUCGGCCCCCUGCAGAGCACAGUUUGGAAUCGUCACGGACUCCAAAUGAGCACGAAGCCGAAGAUGUACAAGGCCGUCAUCCUGCCGACGCUGCUGUACGGAUCGUCGAUACAAGGAUACUCUGAAGUCCUACCUGAAGCGUCUGCAAAUCAACCCGGCCAACUGGGAAGCGCUCGCCCUCUACCGACCAACCUGGAGGAGGACAGUGAAGACAGGCGCUGCGAUCUAUGAGGCCAACCACAUCGUCGCCAAAGUUAAACGCGAAGCCCGCAAAUCACAGCUACGCCCAGUACGCAACGCCGACGCACAACCGCUCCCAACGCGUCCUCGAUGUCAACGGACAUUCCGGGCACGAAUUGAACUUAUUGGACACCUCCGGAUCAACUGCACCACUCGGACCGCAUUAACCGUCGUCACUUCGCUCGCCUCAUCCUCGUCCCCUCCGCCGUUAACUAACUUUGACCACUCUUCUGAACCACCACUUCCAGCAGCAGCAGCAGCAGCAGCAGCAGCAUCAUCAUCAUCAUCAUCAUCAUCAUCAUCAUCAUCAUCAUCAUCAUCAUCAUCAUCAUCAUCAUCAUCAUCCUCCCCUCCUCCUCCUUCUGCACUGCCUCAACGACGGCCGCCCUGGCGGCUGCUACGUAUGACAACACCACCCCAUCCCUGACGCAACCACAGACACCAUCCAACCAACCUCCGAAUCCGGAGGUGAGGACCAGGACUACGUCUUCCCUCACUCCGAACGCACCUUCACCUUAUACAUCGGCCUGGUCGAUCACUUGCGAAUCCAUCGCACAGAGACUGGCAAACCAGUGCCUGGAGCACCAACCUAUACCCACCAAGCUCGCCUCCACUGCCCGCAACGGCUUUGCACUGUCAGACAUCGCAUGGGACUAUUUGGCCACAUGCGCAUCCACGACGACUUGCGGUGUACAACCGUCGGCUUCACCGCCCCAUAACACACUCCUGCCCUGCCUCUACCACCACCGCCACCCCUCCACACAUCCACAUUUACCCACCGCAAGCCCCCAAAUGCCACCUCUCACGCAAGUGUAAAGUGUACAUCUCGACUUGUUCCCCAUGCGGCCUCGGCUGCACGGGUGACUUGAGUCUGAGACUUUCCCGAUACACACACACGCAUACACACGACAGCACGACCGUCGUGCCCGACGAUUUCCACCGUGUGUUCUACAGCAGAGUAAGCACAGGAACGUUGACCUGCCCCCUCCUCUGGACCCCGUGUAAACACAGAGUCAAGAAGGCCGGAGGCGAGGGAGGACGGAUGUGACUGGCACGGCCGGACCCGCACCUAGGCGUGUCAAUACACUCCGUAAUAGCCAGUAAUCCAGCCACACACAUAUUUGCCCGACGUUCUCGAUUCUCACAUGAAUUCUUCAUAAGAGACAGACACAGAUAAGGGUGCAGCCAGGUUCCAGUCAAGUGGGAACAACAGACGAGACGAAACGGCCUUGUCUCUGGCUCUCUCUCUCUCUCUCUCUCUGGUGAUUCGUUCCAGUGAGAAUCUGAAAUGAUAGACGAGCGACAGUGUAUUUUAUUCUUUUUUUUCUCGGCUGCUCCCUUAAACUCACAUCGUUUGUGUCAGCUUUUUCGAAAGUCAGAGCCGCGUGGUCAAUUCAUAUAGAUGUUAAAUUUACCUCUGCAUUUAUUUAUACACUGCACUUUAGCUCUCCUUCUUUUUGAGGGUUUCAGAGUUUUUUGGUGUUCACGUUAAGUUUUGAAAAGAAGAAAUUCCACUUGUGAUGUGAGGCGCUUGAACAGAACUUGUACAAAGAUUUUUCCAGAAAUACUUAAAAAGAAAUUUUCUCGAUAAUUGUAACUUAUUUGUCGGUCACCUGGUCACCUCAGACUUAUUUAUCGUCGUCGAUUAACCACACACCAACACUUUAUCUGUCGCAGGCUACGGCCUGUCUCACGGGGUGAGCGCGACGCCGGUGACUUGCGCGUAUAUUAGUUUAUAGUGGGGCAGACUUGCAAAGCAUCUCGUCCGACUCUUUCUCCCUAUCUUCCUUCUAAUGGCGAGACAACGUCAAGACGACCAGAGGUGGACUAGUGCCCAGUGACUGACAAACCUGAACAGUCAGCCUAGGCUUUCAUACACGGUCUGGUCCCCACCACGUGUAACGGUCUACUUUAAGGACAUUUCGGAUUUCACAUGCGUGGAAGUGGAAAAGUAAGAAAAAAUCACUGUAGCCUGACUCACAGUCCUUCGGUCACUCCUAAAUACUCCGGCACCUUUCCAAGACACGAUUCUUAGUGCAUCGUAAUAGCUUCAAACGCGUCAACUGUGUUAUGGUGAGGAGGGCGCUGAUUUGUUGUGAGGAUGGAUUUUUCAAUAUAGACCUCAUGGUCCCUUCCUUCCCCACCAAUCACACUGGAGGUCUAUGAACUCGUACUCGGCCCCACCACUAAGCCACAGAUUCAUAUCGUAAGUCGUAACUGCAAAUAUUCUUAAUAGCAUGGCAGUGACUCACACCAAUUUUCUUAACUGCUACGUGUCGCUGUGUUGUUUAUGCUUGUUUCAAAUUAAUAGUGAGAACAUUGUACCGCAAAAUUCCUCAGUCUAUCCUGAUUGUCGCCGAGAAUACGGUUGGUUCCGGGACUUUUUUCGGCGUUAAAGUCUACAGCCCACACGGGAUGUUGCACAGACUUAGGCAGUCAGUAGUGGAGGUACUGGCAGCAAAAACAGAAUGCCAAAUGCGUGGUCACACUGUGCGCCAGUCGUUGCUACCUUAACCCUCUCCCGAGUGAAAUCUUCCGUUGGUGGAAAAGUAUGUCGGGCUGAACAAUUGUUUAACAAAGGCAAGCCUGCAACUGUUUGGGUGACUAAGAGGGCAGUAAAAGGUGUUGCUAACGUAGGCGGAAGUGCGUGUUUGUUAUUAUCCCACGCUGGGUGUGCCAACAUAUGCAUAAGCGUUUAGAGGGGUUUUUCUGUCUGGUAGGUCAUCCCUGUGCUGUUAUAAGACAGCGUAUUUUGUCAGUAGACAUGAUACAAGAGCAAGCAACAGCAUGUUUGACUUUGAUACUGGGAAAAGUGUUUAUCAUUGCAGGAAGCCCCGAAAAUUGUGUUUUGGCCCAAGUUGAAAAAAAGUUGUAUAAUUGAGCCCAGCUAUGCCUUUUCUGACUGCAAUGGCUUUAAGAUGUUCCCACUGCAGCCUUUAAAUUAAAACCUUAAUGGACUUUCUUCUCCAUUUUAUUGUGGGAGUCAGUUUUAUUUCUGCCGAGGGCCAUCGGGGACAACUUUUCCGUCAUUAGUUCCCCAAGCAGUCAUUAACCGCUGCAGUUUUAUAUUUUUGCGAGACUCUUGCAAGAAUGGGACUGAAUUUCCACCACUUUUUUAACUUCCUGAUUCAUGGUCUCAGUAGUUUGCUUCAGUUGCAUACCCACACUGCGUUCCUAAAAGCAACUUGCAAAAUAGCCAUCCUCCUAAAGUGCUCGAACAUCUAGAUAGCGCUUUUUGGUCUGCUACAUUUGCUUUUUUCCAAUCAUUGUUUCUAAUUGCUGCAUUACCGAUAAAGUAUUUUGUGGAUCUCAGUUCUUUCCUCACGAACCGCGCCCUCUUUUUAAGGAAAGGUUUUGGACAGUAUUACUUUUCGCAGCUCCCUAGCAGUUAUUUGUAUAUUUAUGGCCGGGGGUUUUCGAUGGUAGACCACUGACCGUUGCACUUUUAUGAUGCUGAAAACUGGUCCUCCUAAUAAAAAACAAUACUAAUUUUUCAACAAAUUGUAGGACCAUUAUGUUUUUGUAGAAUGUGACAUACUUUUCCCUAGUUGAUAUAAUGUUUAUUUUCUAGUUAGGUUAGCCGGACCACAGAUUUCCGGCCUUUUCCAUCGUCGGAUAUGGCUACUCCCAUAUCCAAGUAGUUAACUUCAAGGGAGCCCCUUUCGACAGGCUUCACUCGAUUUUCUUUCUUGUGGUUGGUGAAUAUAACCGACUCGUAAACCGGGCAACGAUAGGGUAUAGGUCCACAAGUGACUUGAGCUAGCAUGUGGACCGUGUCAUACGUUGAAUAGUGGAAGAGGGGGCUUUACGGGUGGGACAACACACAGGACGGGGAGCAAGAAGACACAGAAAAUAAAUUUUUGCCGAAAGUCUUAUUCUACGCUGUCACUUGGCAAAGAAAGUGAGCCCGCUUAUUAAAAAAUAAAAAAAGCGAUUUUUAAAAGAUAACAGAAUUUAUGCAAAGCGCCGCUGAUAAGUUUACAUUUAGUAAAGAAGGGAAGGAGAUUUCAAACAAUGCUAACGGGGAAUAAUAAGGGAUGUUUAUAGUCACGCUGAGUUUUAGGGUAUAUUUUUGUAGUUGCCAUCUACUUGUGGGUCCUACACCCCGUCGUUACCGAAGACCAUAUAAGAAUAUAUUCGUAAGUUUGCGAGACACUCAUGUGCCAAACACACGAUAUUUCUGAUUAGCCGCUCCCUGGUGAUUAACCAGCAAAUAAUACUUUAACCAUGCUAGUAGACUGUGUCAUUUUUCUUUCGCCUAUCGACACUUCAUUGUUUCUUUUUUGCUCUACAGAUUGUCCGCCAAUCAAUGGUCACAACCGUUUUCCGCCUCGUACUGACAUACCGGACGACGACAACGAUUCUGCGUGCACCGCCCUCCUUCCCUGGGUGAACGCCUCGUGGAUCGAACUGACACCCCUCUACGGUCGAAGGGCGCACACGUCAACGACCACUGUCGUUAGGCUCACAUUGGACAGUGGGGGUGAAAAGGCUGGAGGCGCAUUCCAGCCUGUCGCGGUUCACUCACUCAAUGAAGCUGAUCCCGGCAGUUUGGUUCUGCCGCGUUGCACCACCUGGUCUCCUCUCUCCAGAUCCGAUCUCUCGCUGCCUUUCGCCUUUCAAUUUUCUCAUCAGGUAGCAACUCCACUUGUGGGAAUGUUUGCCCUGGUGUAAGUUUUUGAUGUGUGUGGGUCGGAUGUAGUGGGAAAUGGGCCAGGGCAGUCACAUGUGAGCCUACGCGUUUAUUUUGGGCUUUAUCGAAAAAUCCCCUAACCCCGAAAGUUACUGUAGGUAACGACUUACAUUGAAAGUGAACGGACAUGCAAAAUGGUUGACCAUAAUGACUUGCGUUUUUUGCCAAUCUUGUGCUGCUGCAUUACGCGGCUUUUAGGGGUUCGGCUCACCGGUGGGCCCCCAAGGAUUCUUAUAUGCUUUCCGGCAUAGAAACUCCGAUUUCCACGCUGUCUUGUUUUAUUUCCGAGGUUAUUAAUGCGCGAACUUGAAGUUAAUCCCUCAGAACAAAGUUUCCAGGCUCGGUUCGUACGUUUUUAUAUGAAUAUUCGAGCCGAGACCCCCCGGUUACUGCGGAAUAGCUGCGUAACAUUCAGAAGCUGCCAUCAGCUCGAAUAUUCAUACAUAAGCAUUCGUAUCGUGCCUAAAAAGCCUUUUUUCUGAAGGAUUUACUCCAAAGUCGCGCAUUUAUUUCGUAAGAAAUUAAACAAGGCAGCGGCAAAGUUCAGUCGGUAGAAAUAAACGUUGGAGGUAACGAUAGUCUAUAGGGUUGACUCUUAAGUGUACUAGACAGCUGCAUUAGAGUCGUCAGUAAGGGAAGGUAACAGAUUGAUCGGCAGGCACACGCCAACGCAUCUGGAUAUUAAAAACGUCGGCAGCAUUAUUUACCAUGAAGAAGGAAAUGGGAAAAUGCACUGCUUGUGUCAAAAGUAAACUGUUUAGAUUAACUGGGGAAAUUCAUCACAAUCUAUUGAUACAUUUGCCGGGUACAGCCUAUCAGACCUCUUCUGAUUGCAUUCGUAAAGGUGAAUCGUACAUGGCGUCGACUGAGAUCCGAAUAAUAAAAAAAUUAUUAUCUAUAUUUCCCUUUAUCCUGUUCUUUUGUGCCGGUUGCCUUUGGCGAUGCACACCUCCCAACUCUGGCCAUUUCCUCGUGAUCUAUGAAGUUUAGGGGAGACGAUUAGAUAUCACUUAUUUCAGGUCACAUGAAAUGCGGAAAUUACAUAGCUGCGUUUCCCUAUCUGACCUUAACCUAAUUUCGAGCCAUUACUACCCCUUUGUCUGCGCCCUCAGUUCGACCGCGUGGUGUUUAGGAAGAUUUAUAAUUAUCAAAAACCGGUGUUUGCGAAGAUGUGUUUUUAUUGUUCUGCCUUCCGACUCCUCCCCUAUGUUCCUCAUUUCUUCUAUUUUAAUGCUUUUCGACUUUCUUUUUCCGGAAAUGGCUUGUUCACUGCUGAUGAGAACGGACCUCAGUAAUCUCAAUGCUCAAACCAAUUGUAUAAUCCUGCUUUUCUGACAAAAAUCAAAUUUUAUGUACUUUUUGACCUUUCACGAAGUUCCACAACUUUCCACUCUUUUUACGCAAAUUAUGGCCGGAGACCAAAAUCCUCCUGCAUGGAAGCGGUUUACAACUGAAGACCGCGCAAACCGAUAUUAAAAUUCCGUCCUUCGACGGCCAAGAAAGUUUUGGAAGAUGCCCAGCUCUUUUCAGGUCGAGACGUGUUUACUGACAAAGACAGGAAUGGUCGUUUUCGGCUUAUUUGCUGUCAUCAGCUAGUGGUACCUCAACCUCAAACUGCGCGCCCGAAUUCUGCGCGCGACUCGGUUGGUCAUCGAGCACCGCUUUCGCUACUGCAUUACAGCCACGCGUCAUGUCUGCCGAAAUGGGGACCAUUCAAUCACGUAAGAGUGGCCUGCACUGACCCAUCUUGACUGCAGGACAGAAAUUGGCAUUCCCGAAGGUCUGCAGCCCAUGCGGGUGGUCACAUGACCGUUGUCGGUGCUCCGGCCCCGCGUGUUGACGCUUCCUAGGUUUAAAGACCCCGUGCUAGGAAGCCAAAUUUCACACGUCUAUCGGUUCGGGUGUAGUUUCUGCCGAGCAGACUGUAUUAGACAAACCGGUAGACGAGCACAAAAAUGAUGAGGGAAUGUGCCUAAAUGACGAAAAAUAUGAAGUUUUGUCGUCGUUGGCGAAACAGUGUCAUAACAGACGCACAUUCGCGUUCAAAGAUACGGAAAUAAUUGACCUGGAAUUGACUACGGGGUCAAGGAGACACCGAAAGCCUGAAAUGCAAGCAUGACAUCUACCACCCCUAGCUUGACUCUCUCUCUUUCCCUCUCUGGAGUACCUGGUCCUAAAGGGCCAUAUCAGCCGAGGACCCCUAGGCGUUCAAGGCAGGCAGUAUACAGACGAGGGUGAUAGCAGGGCGACGAGCGUCCGCUAAAGCGCCAUUUAUGACUUCACUAUGGAGGCCGGUAGACCUCCUUCCACCCACCCCAGACCGCUGCUUACGGUCGAUAUGCAAUGCGAGGUCACACUCGCGUGGAUGACUUUUGAGCGGCAUUCAGCGCGGUCGUGGCUGGUGUUAAAUACUGCGUGGUGAAGUCCCACCCUAUCCUCAUAUGAUGACAGUUUGUUUACAUUUGAGAUCUCAGUGCAGCAAACUUUGGAUCACCGAGGUCCCUUCUCACAAUACUUGACUGUCCAUCAGGAUUUGGUUGGUUUAUGGUACGCAUUGUGCCUACCAGUCUGUACACACACUGACUGACGGCCGAUCUUUAAAUUGCCAACCAUGUGUUCCCCUAUCUAGGAGACGCCUUGGAUUUUGAGUACAGCAUGUGUCACGACGAUGUUACAAGGCAGGUUCUAUUUACUGGUUCCCCCUCCCGAUCUGUUGGCUUUGUCGUUACUUUCCAUGUAUAUUUUUAGUAGACCCGAGAACCGGUCCAAAUGCCCUUUUCAUUGAAUGAUUAUCUCCAUUGCUCUAUUUUUUUUUCUUCGCCUAUGACACGUAAACUUCUGGCCUCAUUACGAACUUUGCGUCACCGAGGAAGUUACUUGUGUUCCUUUACGAACAUAUAUGUUGGAUGACUCCGGGAUAUUGAUGCUUGAAAAUAGGUUGUUGGAGGAGCUCUAAAACUCAUGAAAUCCAAUGUGCUGUCCUUUCCAAAGCGGAGCUUCAUGAUUUCGCCUUCUGACUUAAAUGUCCAGUCAGUUUUCGAGGUUUUGUCUUGCUUAUGUUGCUAGAUCGGAAUACCUCCACCGGUGCAGUUUGAGUGCCCUUGGGCUGACGACGAAGCAAGACGUAGUUUGUUGUUGAUAGUGAGGAUGGUAAAUUGUUAAGCUGAUUAAAAACAUGUUUUGCCAUUUAAGUUGUGUGCUUUGUUAUUCUUAAGCAUUCAGUAUAGCGUAGGUAGCGUAGGAUGUACUAAUAACUGCCUGACGGCAGUUAAUAAAUAUUCACCGGUUAUCCCUCUGUGGCUGAUGGACCUCAGCAUAAACAUUCAUAUAUCACAUUUCGGUCUGGGCCUACUGACCUUAGUGCAAACUGACUUACUAUAAGUUAGCAGUUAAUUUCCGAGGAAAUUGAGGAGAAACAAUCUUCAAACUAGAGUAUCUACCAGAAAGCACACGGAGGAUGCUGGGAGACCCCCUGAUGAGCCGAACCCCCCGAAGCUGUGUCAUGCAGCGGUAGAAUAUCAGCGGAACGUGCGUGUUUGGGCUUUUAGCUAGUACAGAACGUGACCGAUCUCAUGAAAUGUUGAUCGAAAUUCUGAAAUGUGUUUUCGCUUAGGUAGGAUUAUUUAGGUGGAUUUGUAAUACUGAUCAUCAUGAGGCAUAAUCCUAUAAUGUUUUGGACUAGCCUGAAUGUCGACUUUUGAAUGCACUUCUUUUUGGCCUCCUAUGGAAACGGCACUCGGCAAAAAUGACUACUUAAGUAGUAUGUAUUUCCACAUUGUUUUUCGACUGUCUUAUAAAUUAAAAUAUAUUUUGCAGAAAACACGCACAAAAUAUGUUUUCAUUCACUCAUUUGGCAACAAAUCGCAUUGUCUUCAUAUUUUAUAUCCAAAGAAAGCGUACGUUUGUGCUUUUAGAAAGUUUUCCAAUUCCCGGACCAUUUUGAGCCUGAGCAGCCAUUGCGUUGACGUUUAGUGGUUUCUGUCUACAAAACCCAUGCCUUCUGAGAAAUUAAAAUCAUAAAUUCCUCUAUGCCUUUAGGAAGAUACUAUAUAGAGUUCAUAAAAUUUUGCAAUGGAUACGGACAACAUGCUUUACAUUUCUUGUGGAGCGUUUGUAAACGGACAUGUGCGAUCCUGCAUGUACGCACAUCGCAUGGUCUGAAAAAUCUCAUAAUUGAAAAAAAUUAAAAACACCUAAUUAUACCAUUUCUUCAAGUAUAAUAUGUAAAUAAAAUGUGAUUUUCUACCAAAUGACCUAAAGAAAGCAUAUUUUUGGACACGUUUUCUAAAAAUUAUAUGUAAGUUUAUAAGACAGUCGAAAAUCAAUGCGGCAACCGCAUGCUACAUAAGUAGUCAUUUUUUCCAAGUGCUGUUUCUACAGGGGGUCAAAAAGAAGUUAGUUUAUAAGCCCACCUCCUGAUAAGUCCGAAAUACCAUAGAAUUAUGCUGCAUGAUAAUCAAUAUUAAAACUUUACCUAAGAAAUCCUUCCUAAUCGAAAACGCAUUCCAGAAUUUCGGCCAACAUUUUAUGAGAUCGGUCACUUACUGUACCUGUACUGCUAGUAUGGUACCUUGUAAUGCUAAAAAGUAGGUAUUGUCGUUUUUAGCGUUCUUUGCAUGCUGGAAAUCCUUUCGGGGGUUUACUCUAACACCCGUUUUAAGUGCCAGCUGACUCUGACAAGGCCAUUUGUUUGAGAUGCUUUUUUUGAAAGAAAAUCGGUUUCGGGGGUCGCAUUUGUAUAUGCUGUUGGAGGACGCGUUUUCCGGCCCUGUGGAUUUACUGCCUCUUUGAUUUAUCAUAAAAAGCGUUUUAGACAUAAAAAGGUUCUUUUACCCAAGUGUAACUGUGUAUAUAGUGCUGAAGGGAUUUUGCGAUCUCCUUAUUGCAUAAUGCAGACUGUCCAUAUCCUAGUGACACCAACUUAACCAUGAUAAUGCAAAAAAUUCAAAAAAUCGUCCCCCUUCUUUUCAUCAGUGCAUGUGUUUGAGAAAAACCCGGCUCACGUCUCUUUCUUUUAUACGUUUCCAUAUGUUUUACGCGUGCGUAAUUUUUGGUGGUAGCGUGAUCUUUUCUAGGCAUUGAUUAUGUAAAUUCCCAGGUAACUCUGCAAAUGCUGUUCCCUCUAUCCAGCGCCUAGUUUCCCCAGUAAACAACCUGGCGCGCCUUAUGCUUCCAUAAAGCCCCAGUAGAUAGCCACAGCUAACGCUGUGACUCAUUCCUACUCAGGACUGAGAGUGCCUGGUUCCAAGCUUAACUGUCCACACAUGAAGGGUCUUACUGAGUUUAUCUCUUAACUACAUUUCGAGCUUGCUUCGUCCGCUGAAAGUUUGGUUGGUUGCACGAGAGGUGCGCGGUCUCCCAUGUUCACUUGUAAUCUGAUCGAUAAGCAUACCCUCGUCUGUAGCAUGGCUAGUGUCCUUUGUGUCGUAUUUAAUCCGGCAGGUAUCGGACUGCUCACUCUGUACAGCAGGUUGCCUUAAUCCCCUUAACCAACUCAUCGGCCAUUUUGUAUGCCCACGACCAUUGUCUGCUUACGCUGAAAUCUCUACCACCCCUACUAUGAGUAUAGUGAGCUUUUACGAGGGUUGUCGCACCUUCGAAUUCCGUUAGCUGGCCAACCAGUCCUGUGGAGAGUUCUUCUGAGGUAUUUGAUUUAAAAUCCGAGGCUUCGGUUCAUAUGUAACCCGGUUUUUGGGCGAAUUCAUUUUCUUAUCUGUGUGGAAACGCGGCCAGGGAUGAGCCCUUAUGGUCCCUUCCCCGUUCGCUUUCCACUUCUGCUUUUUGGUUUAGAAAGUGAUUCCUUACUCAUACCUGCACCAUUUAUGACUUUAUUCUUCAUUUUGUACGACAGCAGAUAGCUACAGACGAAUCGCCUCUUCAGGUGCAAUGUCAUUAUAUUCCAUAUUUUUUUAAAAAAAAGAGGUUUCUCACUUAAGACUAUAUUUUGAGUAGAAUUUAGAUAAUGAAGUUGUCUCGACAAGACACAAGUCAUUGCAGACGGGCGUUGUCCCAACACACAUUCUUGGGUUUUGACUCUUAGGAAUAAUUCAGAAGAGCAUUUGGCGAGUUUACGCGUGCUUUCAAUACAUUUUCAUCUGACCUGUACAUUUAUAUGUGAACGAGGUGCAAACUGAGCGUGUGAGUGAUAAGAGCAAUCAAUUACGGUUCGUCCUUCCAUACAAGCGGGGUAUGUGAAUAGAGUGGGGGGAGUGGGGGGGGGGAGAGGAGAGGAGGCAGCUACUUCUGCUGUUGCCAGUAAGCGCUGACCCAGUCGCUUAGGAUAGUUAGGUGGGACCUUGCAAAUCACACGGAAGGCUUCGUUGGAAUCCACAUGGUGCCUAGAAUAAACCAUGUGUGCGAGGAUGGGGCUGUGCAUGCUCCUUACUUUACCCUUCCUCAACCAGGCCGGCAGGUGUUGUCGUAUUCUUGCGGAUAGGCGCCGACUCCUACGACCAAUGUAGUCUGCUCCCCAUGAGCAAGUAAAGAAGUAAAUGCACGUGGAGGUGGUCUGAGCUGGUAGCCUCUCUUUGCCUUCCCCGCGUAAGACGGGUUUGGUCGAAAACAAUACUUGAACUCUUGCUGCCGGAAAGGUCCGUGAAACGGCUUGCUCAAGGCGCCUCUCAGGAGCUAACUCACCGUUUUCCCUUAAAAGGAAACUUUGAGGAUCAGAGUUUUUUCUUCUGCGGUCGGUAUGAUGAGUUUUGCCGGUCGUUCGGCACGAUUCCUUGCAGUAAAUCUGUCAGGAUACCCGUUCUCGCGAAGCAGGUACUGAAUCCUUUUAAGUUCCUCAUCAACGCUAUCUGCCGAACAGAUUUUUCUAGCCAUUUGCGCUAAACAGCGGAUCAGACUACGUUUCUGUUGAAGGAGGACGAAACUGUAGAAGUUCGUAUAUUAUUCAGACCAGGCGUUCUUUCGAGAGACACUUCUUCAGAUGCUGCUGUCAGUUCUUCUGCUUAGAAAUGCGUCUUGGAAAGACAGUGGGUCUGCCCUUCCCACCUCCAACGCAAACCUGGUCGACGGAUGUGCUUGAUUUACAGCAUCCAAGAGGGUAGUUAUGUCGGUUUCUCUGUUGGCAAUUGCAAAGAUGUCGUCAACGUAGCGGUCGUAGUGCCUUAGCUUAUUGAUUUGGUCGUUUAACUGACACUUCGCUACUGUUCUCAUGAAGACAUCGGUUAGGAGAGGACCAAGAGGCGAUCCCAUAGCAACUCCAUCUAUUUGUCUAUAUAUUUGAUUGUCGAAAAGAAACUGCAAAUGUUGUGUGCAUUUUAGUAAUACUUCCUUGAGUGCGCUAGUCGGAAUAAAAACUUUCCAUACAGCAAACUGCCUCCGACAGUGACCGGACAACCUGGAUUUUCAGACUCAAAAAGACUGACAUUCCUAACCUUUUGGGAAACUACCUUUUAAUCCUAUUUCAGCGUGCUACUCUUGUGUAUAGCUGCGCUUUUUACACCUCUGUCCGCUUCUAUUUCCUGUAGCCAAAAUUGGCAAACCUUGAGAAUCUCCUACACCUGAAGCCUUGGCACGCAGUCGCCAUUCCUUUCGAUCUGACCUCUUCUCAGGACUCCGGUGGUACCUCGGAAGUUAGUCUACAACUGGAAACAGGGGAGACAUUGCAGAGCAUUAACGGGACUCUAGCUGACGUGAGCCCUAGUCACUUAACCUCCUCUUCAUUUGUCUUUGUUUCCAACAAAACUAAGGGGAACUAAUGCGUAACACAUGGCCACCUUGUUUUGAAGAGUUAUCUUACAGUAAAUCAGAGACAAUUUUUCCCAUUUAUGUCGUGCUGCUACCAUCCUUCUGGGUCUUUUUGUAUAUAUCAAGCCGUCAUACUUCGGCGUUUCCUAGCAUUAUUGGGUCCGGAGUCUCGUUGCCCAACUCACGGUGUAAGUAAGUAAGUAAGAAGAAAGUAUAAAUUCAAAAUACGUAUUUUCGUUCCAGUUAGUAAGACAUGUUGUCAGAACCUCCGGCGGAUCUUUAAAUGUUACUGUGACCUUCGGUCUUGCGUUUUAAUCGAACGCGAUGGUGCGUGAUCCGGGACUACGUGCUUUAUUUCACUCCUCUAACUUCACACGUACGCGAUCCUUUGACCAUCGUAAACGAGGCCAAUCAUUGCCCCAGAAGGUGGGCCCACCGGUGACCGGCUCGUGGACCUAUAAAUAGUGAAUCAGACUUCCGGUGCGUCAAUCUCACCAAUUCGGUCCUCGUUUUGGGUCCUUCACCUGUAGUACGAUAGGUUCUUAAUUUUGAAUAUUUUAUGAUGAGUACUAAUAACUAGCUACUUCGUACUCCAGUCACAUUUCACUAUGUCUAUGCGUCUUAAAGGUAUUUUUGCCAGAGUUCUCCCUUCGUCUCCUAGGAUAGAAGCACGAGACGCGUGAGUAGCCUUAUUAGAGUUCGUCAUGAGUGCAUAUUUUGUAAUGAGCGGAAUCGUACCUCCGGUCUUUCACAUGCGAGGUGACGGCGUUUCCACUGGACGCUGGGAUGGACGAGGAUUAUUAUUUCCGAACGUUUAGACACGGUUUUGAAUAGCAUUCAGGUUCCGCCGAUUUCCUCCGUGGGAGACUCAAUUACUGUCCGCGAUAAAUUCCAUUGAUGGCCUGUCAAAUCAUAUCUUCUCAGCAAAAUUUAGUGUGUUAAACGUCAAACUUUCGGAUUCAUCGAAGUUGUCUGCUGGAAUCGCUUAUUCUCGCGUACAGACGUAGUCAGACGCGAGGAAAUCGUUCAAACUUCUCACUUGAAUACAUUGGUAAUUUGAUAAACCUCCUUCAUAAAAGCAGCAUCUUGGAGGUUCUAGCGGAAGACCAGAUCAAUUGUGCACUAUGCACAGCCAAGCCUAACAGACUGGUACGUUAAUUCGACUGGCGGAACAAUCAGGUAUGUACUGUGUCAUUAGGAAGCAAAGAAGACAUAAUUUGGGAGAAUACUGCUAAGAGGCCUUUUUUAAAAAAGACUGCCUAAAAACAGGAAUCUGACCAAUAUAACUAAAUCAGUAUUGCUCUUUGGUUUACUUACAGGAACAGAGAUAAUUAAACAACCAAUACGGUUGGGGGAAACCCGUCAGUGAAACACUUCCAGCAUUUUGAAUAAGAGGUCAAAUGAGGACAAUAGACUACGAGCAGGUCUGGCUCUGAGAUCAGGCUAGAUCGUUGAGCGUCACUGCUAGUGUGCACACGUCUGACGGCGGGGUUCGAAUGGCUAGACAGGGAGUAAACGUUCGAACCGGCCCUCUCUCGAGCUACUAAGCACUGUCUUAACACCCGUGCUCACGACACUAAUUUGCGGCUUCACGAAGCCAUGCUCUGAACAGCGGUUUCGGCAACUACAUCCACUGGCAGACGAGGCUAUCUGAGAGGUCAUCUCAUUUUUCCAGCAUGGAUAAAAUUUGAAAUGUGUCUUGUAGAGAGACGGGUCAUGUUGUAACACGCUACGGGGGCGGAGGAAAGUCAUACUAGGUCAGGCACUGGAUCCUGUCUCAUUUCCAGUCGCCUGGGUCUAGUCCUAUCAGUGGCACCUGGCGGACGUGAGGAGAGGGUGAUGUUGCUGUUGUGCCAGUUUGACUCAUUAUAAUUUAGCGCACACACGCACACACGACAGCUCGAAUAACUAUGUCCGCCGUGUGUUCCACAGUAGGGUGAGAGGAGGGACGAUGAUUGGUACGUGGGCUGGUUUAUUGUGGUAGUAGAUCUGCACAGCAUCUGCUGCACCCUCUCCUUCUCCCACACCUGGACCCGGUGUCGAGAUAUAGUCAAGAAAACCGAAGGCGAGAGAGGGUGCAGGUGGAUGGCACGGCCGGACCCGCACCUAGGCGUGACACCACACGACCUGGUUCAUAACGUAUUUUGACCAGGGUAUUUUACAACAGCAGAGGGGGCGGGGAGGGCUCGAAACUGUUUUGACAUCUUUGCUUCACGCCGUGACGAAUAAAAGUGGCAGCAUGUAGCACGCAAUCUAUAUGUACAUCUUUACGCCUACUAGUUCCGUUGUAGUAAAACAAACACUGUCUAACAAGCUUAUUACUUCGUUUAACGAUAUAAAACGUUACGGUUUUGAUAAACGGAAUUUGUAAAGAGCAAAUUGCUUCCUGAUUCAUCAGAAUAAUGCGCUUUCCUCUGUAAUUCAACGUGUGCAAAUAAGGUGUUAAUAUGGGAUACUUAUAAGAAUCGGAAAUUACGUGGAUAUCCAACGACGCAAAAAUUUGCCUAAUCUUGGCCGGUUUCACCUCAAUGAAACUGAAAUAGCGUGACAUUUUCAUUAGAAAAGGUUUUUUGAUUCCGAUCAGUUCUAAAAUCAAAAAUAACCACACCAAAUAUAUGCCGUCCUAGCAACUCAAAUACAGAUCUCGACAUUUCCUGAUUUAGGUCAUCUACCGUAUAUGUAAUGAGCAUCCCAGGAUACUUAAUUAGAAAGAAAUAACUGUCUCGUGUAUCAUGUCUUCUAAGAGCACCCGAAAACUGUUGCGAAACGAUUGGUGAAUGAGGCUCUAUUGGAGGUUAGUGUCUCGAUGCAGCACUGACAGUGUAAUGGCAUGGCACGGAAACGCUUCUUCCUUAUAGCUCAAACUACCUGGCAGUCAAUUUCAUCCUUCCCGUUCCAUCUUGUAGACCGUGGGAGUUGCCUCAGAGGCGGAGGAUGUCUGCAACUGGCAACCUCUCUGGUGGUUGGAACGCCACCGGUCGCAUUUCCGCAGGUACAGCCAGGAGCCCCUUCCCAGAGACAUGGACUUCUUUGAAGACGUGCCGCGCGAUGAGGAGGGCCUGUGUAGAGAACUGUUGCAGCAGUCCACCUUCACUUCCGUUUGCUCCUGUCCGCCAGGGUGGGCCGGUCUCGGUUGCAUGGUGAAACCACCGGCAAUCGCUUCGCCUAAGCAACCUGCGCCUCCUCCCGAUCCUUCUACUCCUCCUUCCGUAGGCAGAAGUCAAUUGACUAUGCUGAGUCGUCCGGCCAUUCCUCGCCCCAACGGCACCAUCUGGCCUGGUCCGUCCACCUCAGCUCGGUGGCUGGCUUGGAGCAACCUCGCCUUCAUUCCUGCUAUACUACUCGCCUUCGUUCGUCGUCUGUGGAUACCCUUUCUGGCUUACAGCUACACCAUGUCUUUCUCAAUUGUGCGUCCGUCGACUUUUGCUCUUUUCCUAAAGUCCAACUCAUACCAUUUAGAUGAAGUACAGGAAUUUUUAUUCCUGUCUCCGAAGCUCGUUUUACAGCCUACAAAAUAAUUUGUUCCUGAGAAAUGUUUGACUGGCCUCUUGCUUCAUUGGCUCAGGGCGCCAUAUUAUGGAUUUUUUGCAGUUUUAUUGGGAGUUUCGCUUUGACAUCGCUUCAUGAUACCUCCAGUGUACCAUUCUUCAGUGCAGACAACAGUUUUACCACGGUGGUCCUUUUCGUUAGAUUUAUAAGCCAGUUUUUUUGGGAUUCUUCGGCGAGCGAAGUUCACGAUUAAGUUUAUUUCUCACGUAGACUUUGCUGCCGACUUGCGAAGAACAGCUGUCGUUGUAAGGAUUACUAAAACAUAAGUGCUAAAAUCCAGUUUGGACCUAGUCAUGUUCCCUAUUCUCUCUAAGAUCUCACAGACCUAUUACUUUGCUGUCUUUCGGUCGACACUUGAAUACUGCCUUCUGCGCUGAUCCCGGCCAAGCCGGAAGAUUUUUUCUGAUUUUUCCUCAAAUGCUAUUCCUUUUCCGUCACCUGUUUUUCUCAUCCCACAGAAGGUGGCCCUAACUAUCCGGUCUGGACUGGUAUCGCCACUUAUAACAUAAAUAAGUACCAAGACGAAAUCUGGAGACAAAUAUCCGAAAAGUAGAAUAGCAGCUUCCGCUUUAUUUGCUGUAAAUAAUCAGUCAUAUACUAACGGGGCUGAGUGCUGCGAUUAAGGCACUUUAGACAACAGUUGACAGUGAAAAUUAUUCGAAUCUAUUAUUUCAGUUUGUUGUCUUCUGCCAAUGUACAGACCCUCUGGUUUUUUUCAUUCCUUUUUAUUCAAACCUCCUCCGCAAAUUCUGAAGGUUUUUUCGCUUUACUGAUGCCUAUUCCAGAUGUACCAUAUCUGUGACACGGACGUCCUACUGAUUGCGGCCAGUCUUCCAGACCGCGUGCUUGGUGGUGCCCAUCACUCGUUCGGCGGAUUCGCUAUUUCUAAGUUCGAUAUGUACAAGCUUAUUGGCUACAAGACGGCACCGGGGUCGGCGACAGGGUCACCCCUCCUGCCCUCCUACCUGCCUUCCUAUGCCAGUGACGGAGACGCGAGCUAUCGUCUCGAUGCCUCCGAGGUCAGCCUCCUGCGAUUCACUUCCCUGCAGUGUCCCCUGCCUCUAGAGACUCUGUCACUCUGUGACUUCUUCGGCGGCGUCUUCUCUAUCGCCGUGACAGCCCUCGCCGCUAGUGCUCUGCCUGUCCUCCUGGCUGAGAUCGUUAUUGUUGUGACGGUGCUCGCCCUCACUGUGGCCGUCCAGGUCAUGCGGUACUCGCCCUGGUUCCAUAUUAUACCGGUCGUCUCCUUUGUUACCAUUCUCCUCUCCUCUUGGGUAUGUUCAUCUAUGAAACUCUGUCCUUUUUCUUCUAUGCAUAUACAGUAAAUGUGCUAUUACAGGAAAUGGUAACCGAAAUCCUGAAAUGCGUUCUCAAUCAGAAAAGAUUAAUUAAGUAGGGUUGCUUUGUUAAUUAACGUGUUGAACGAUACCGAGAUAUCCGACUUACGUCAAGAUCCUGGCUUUCGAGCGAGCUGGUUAUCGGCCGCCUGCGUAAGCAAUAUUCCGUAAAAAUGACCGCUUAAGUGGCAUGGAUUUUGCCAUUUAUUUCCGAUUCCCUUAUAAAUUGAAAUAUAUAUUAUAGAAAAAAAAUCACAAAAAUAUUCCCUUUUUGCUCAUUUUGUAGCUAAUUACGUCUCCUUCGGAUUUCAUGCUUGAAGAAAGAGUGUUUUUAACUUCAAAAAGGUUUAUGGUUAUGAAAUUUUUCAGGACCGUGAAAUGUCCAACUGGAACCGCAACAGAUCAGCCCGUUUGUUAAUGCUGCAUAGAAACGGAAAAACUUGAUCCACACUAAAUACAAGAUAUCAUGAACUCAGUGUGUCCUCUUCAUAGUAACAUGUGGAACUGUAUGAUUGUUCUUACACGGAAAGCAUACAGCUUCUAGUUUGGAAACUCUGAAUUCAAGGGUAACAGCAAGUCGGGUGCAAAAUUAUUCAGGAAUCAAGGAAGUUUCUCAAACCGAAUGAUAAUAUUUCUUGAAGUAUAAGAUCAGAGCAAUGCGAAAUUUUCUACUUAAUGAGUAAAAAAAUAAGUUAUUUUAUGCAUCUUUUCUAUAGACUAUAUUUGAAUUUAUAAGGGCAUCAGAAAUCGGUGAUAAAAAUUCAUGCUACUUAAGCAGUCAUUAUUUGCGGAACGUAGUAUAUGCAAGUGGUCGAUGAGAAGCUCAUUCGAAAGCCAGCAUCCUGACGUGAAGGAAAUAUUUUAACAUUGUGCGACACGGCGAUUAACAUUAUAACCCUCAUUAAGUAAUCUUUUCGAAUUAAGAACACGUUUCACCCCACACUGAGGCGACCCAGUUACGAGCCUUGGUUCCAUUACGCUGCUGAAACUUCCCUCAAACCUCAACUUUGGAUCAUCGGCUGGGUUUAAGUGUGCCUGUUUGCCCAGGAGUAUGACAGUUCGAUCGUCGUCGCCGACGAUAUUCACCGUGACUUUCCCAGCAAAGUGAGAGUGGACACAGUGAUUUGUGUGUAAAUUAGUUUAUAGUGGCAGUAGGCUUGCGCAGCAUCUGCCUCACUCUCAUCCUCCCCCACCUUUCAAGACACAGUCAGAGAGACCAGAGGCAGGGGAGAGCUCGGUCGGCUGGCACGGCCGGACCCGCACCUAGGCAUACCAUCACACACUCCCUCGCUUACAGCAAACACUUUAACAGACUUUUAACCAGCAACAAAAAACGUAUCAGAAAGAGGAGAGAAUGCUACAAGUCACUGGGCAACCGCGCACACGACCUAGAUGUGCAGCGGGAGCGCAAGCACAUCUCCCGGUAGGGAAUCAGGCGCCUGUCAGUUGCCACUGCUCUGAGGUUCCUGGUUUGCUGAAUCAUGGCAUAGCAGACGCACACAAUCCUUAAAGCCCAAGAGUAUAGUUCACUGAAAAAGGACAGGAAUUGGCCAUAAAUGACAAUUGUCCCGAUCGAUUUUUGGUUUCUCACUAACCCGCCAUCACGUAUUCAAACCCCUUAGUCAAAAGGCCUCUCCAUUCGGGUUACGUCAGCUCCAUUCAGAGCUAACCAAAUUAUGCCCUAUCACAACAACCUAUUUAGGCUUUAGUUACCUUCAUUGUUGACUAAGAUCCCAGUAGUCCGAUGUGUGAGGUGCUGCCAUACAACUCCCACCCUCAUUACGAGUUCUGCAAAUCUGAAACCCUUUUUACUGCCAUCCACUCGAUGUUCUUCUCUCUCAACUCAGAUCUACCGGACUGUCCAACUGAAACGACUGUUCCCGCCGAUUCAGUGGCUCCUACUCAGCUUCCUACCGUCUGUACUUCUCUCCUUGACUGCUGUUUCAAUAUUCCUUUCGCCCCAAAUGAAAUCCAAUUACACGCAUAUGCACAGUCUCUGGCAUAUUCUGAUCGCUUUCGCUCUCCUUGGUGCCCUGCCAUGGCCGAUGCGAUGGCGGAGGGCCCUAUCACCGGUAAUACCGCCCUCAACAGCCCUCUCCUGUGGCGGCAACCAACGCACGCUUAGUAGUACUCGUCGACGAGUGUCUUCCCCGAAUGACCUACUGGGCGCCGCCUCAGGCAGUCCCAUGAGUCCCAACAGUCUUCUGGACGCCAGCACCGUAAAGUCCACUCUAGCACGUAUCUACGCCCAACUGACUAGGGUCUUCUCGGUGUUGUCCUCCUUCAAGUCAAGAGUGGAGACUAGAUUCGACAAGCUGCUCGAGCUGAACUUCCUCCUUGACCCUCUCGUAGCUCGAUUCCCAAAACUCAGGGUUAUACUUCCACACGGUAAUUCGCAUUGUCUUAUUUGGACUGUUGUAUGUUAAGUUUGCGCAAAGUCCAUACUUCGUGUCCAGACGUCUAGUGUUUUUUUGCCAGUCAGCACAAGGAAGUAUACAGAUGUUAUUCAAAUGUGUUGGGCGCCUACCUCAAACAGCACCGCUGUGUUGUCGCAGGGUUUUGUACCCGUUACUAUGGCGUGGCGCAACGUAGCAUUCAUUGCAUAAUUAAUGACUACAUGUUUAGGAGAGGGAGUGAAGGUACGAGUUCUGCAAUUUCAGUGCCUAAUUAUGAUUGACGCAUAAUCUGGUAUCAGAGGUCCGUCUGUUAGGUUUUGAAUGACAACGCAAUCAUUCGCUUCGCAUCCAGGGUAGGGACGCACGACCUUCCUUACCAGCUUCAGCCUACGCUCGGUAACUGAUGGAACAUUCGAGAAUUGUGUGGUUAGAACUUGUUUACUGUAACUGUACAUAUUUGCACAGGAAUCUGCGAAUGCCGUUCAGCUCCUAACCUGAUUUCUAAAAUUACUGUUCUACUGUUAUAUGACGGGCUUAUUUCGGUGUAGUUUAUUUGAAUCUGGCGCUUCAUACCUGGAAGGUUCUGACUCGCCGAACAUCCGCUGCUUAGUCGAGUGCAAUCUGGAGUGCUUUGAGAAAAAACUUGCUGUGUUUAGCAGCUUUUUUGGUCCUGUUAAUACCGGAAAUUGUUCUGCAUGAAUAUCGUAUUGUCUUGUGUCGGACCAUCUCUCCGAGUAAAACGGACUUAGUAGAAUCGGCAGUAUGUGGUGAUGCUCUCCGAAUCUCAUAUCUUGUGAAAACACAAUUAAGGCCUACAGUUAGUCUUCUUGUGGGCUACUCCACAUUCGAUGCUCAAUGAGACGGCCGUCAGUGAAGACUAGCUGCGAAUUAGAAAUCCUCGGGUCUGACUUGUAAGUAGUUUUGGACCAUGCCGCGAUUGUACCCUCAUGUGUAGAGGGGCACCUACCCAAGAAUUUAAUAAUUUAAUUUAAUUUAAUUUUUAUCCACUCGUGGACGAGACACGAUCGCUGGAACAAGAACUCUAUUCGCCCGAAAUUUCGGACUCCUGCACGAACCCAUCAUCAGACACAAUAGCAGAUAGGGGUAGUUCAUGCACAAGGGGCAGCAGUAUUUAUAGGAUGCAGUCGCCAUGCGAUCGCAUACCUAUGUAAAUUCACGGAUCUCUCCCUCAUCUGGGAUUGUUGUUCUGGGCGUGAUGACUGUUCGAUGGCCGACAUUCGCGUCGUUAGUUGCUGCGAUUUCAUCACGGGUGUUGAAUGUUGGUGUAGUUUUGGUGUAUCUGCUAGUGUCUCUGAUGGCGGGUUCUAACAGAUAUCCGAAACUUCAGGCAAAUAUGGCCCUUGCUCCAGCGAUCGCGUCUUCUUCUUCUUCGCGACUUCUUCCCGGGAGUCUUCUCUGCUUCUACUGGUUUUAUCCCCUAUCCCCUAUUCAACACAAUCCGGUAGCUGUAAGCUGUAACGUAGAGAAGGAUGCAGACAUCCACCUUCGGAUCUAAAAUCUGAACCAAAUCAUCCUCCAAGCAAGCUGCCCAUUUAAAUGCUGACAGGAUAUCCAUGACUUGACCAGAUGCUUGGAUGACAGUAGGCUUGCGGUCCGCGCGCUCUGAUUGCAUGCAUUAGGCACGAAUUGCUCCCAACAGCAACUAAAUUCUACCUACAGGACACUUAAUCUGCCUAGGCGCCUGCACCUAGUGGCUCCGAAGAUUGCCAAUGGGAGAGAUAGCUUAGUCACCGAGACUGUGCGCAAAGCUGCGAUAGUUCCUUCAUGGUUGGGCUUAUGAUAUGCGCAUGUAAAGUCUGGUCCGACAUGGAAAAGUGGAUCGCCUGGAUCGGGAUGGACGCUAGAUUGGCUCCUAAGCUCAACCCCCUUUCCCGAUCAGCUUGACCUAAUCAUACCUCUGGAAGAUAGGAUGACAGCAACGUCAGUAGUUUACCACUCUGACAAGGGCGAUUUUCACGAAGUUUGUAAAGCAGCAUGUGUAAAGGGCCUCGAAGAUUGAACCUAACAAUUACUAUAUUAAUACGACGGUUACAUACUUUCUGAUGGCAACAUUUCGAUCGCUUUGUUGGUUCUUCAGGCACAAUAAUAGUCUUUUAGGACGUUUUUCGAUAGGACUGACUUACGCGGGUGUCUAAACAGGACAUCAGAACAGGGAUCGCCUGCAACAGGAGUGUUUUUGAGCCAAAUUUAUGUGAACCUUGGGUUGGAUCUAAGGUAAGGGUUAAGUUAAAGAUUAGGUUCAAGGUUAAAGUUAACAGUAACGUAAGCCAGGAUCCAGUUCAGGGUUAAGGUAGGGGCUAGUGAUAGCUGUAAGCUCGAGGUUUAGGCCAGGAUUAGGGUCAAGAUUAGGGCAGCGGUUUGGUUUUAUACAAGGGUUAUUGUUGGGGUUUGGACACAGGAAUAUUUCGUCCUUUCUAGAAUUAUGCGCAGGUUCACCGUUUUUACUUGGCCGAGUUGCUCCUAUUUCCAUGUCCUGCUUAGGGGGCCAAAUAUUGACCACAGUCCGCAAGCGGAGAUGCAAAACAAGUUUACUGCUCUUGAUGAUCGUGGUCCAUUAGGGGCUUUCGUUUUAUUUUAGAAAUGGCGAAAUCAAACGGCAGUAGUUGACUUAGAGCAAAGCUACAGUGUUCCACAGAUUCGAGUAGGAAUAUGAACCGAACUCUCCUGGCUGAUCUGCUUAUAAGUGGCAUAUCGAUAAAAUGCCGGAGGCAGAUUUUGGGAAGUCUGGGUCCGAGGCGGAGAGGGGGGCACCACACGAACAGGUGUUUAAUCUGGCGUCGAGGAGCAGUACUUAACACCUUCGCCCCAAUCUCAGGGUCAGGAUUCUGGAGAACACUAGAGACUCUACCGAAAUGAACGCCCCUGGUUACGUUUCAUUCAUAGAAUGGAUUGCCGUUGGCUUUGAAGUCUACUUAUUAUACAGUCAAAUUUUCCACUCGUCCUGGUUAUUCCAUAUAGCCGUCCGAAAAGGUUUGGAGUCGAAACAAACAACAUUUUUAUCAAACCUCAGCAGUGAGGGGGUGACAUGUGAAUAGAUCACCUUAUGACAUUGAGCUCUGCGGAAAACGCUAUGCCGAGUAAGUUACUUGAGACCUUUGUAUGAGCUCAGACCCUCAUAGUAUAUCAAGAAACCAGUUUGGCUCCAGGCUGCGUUAUGGACAUAAAAUCCUUGCCAAUCGGCAGCCGUACUUUUCUACUGUCCUGUUGAAAUGAUCUUUUUGCGCUAUUCUACAGGUUACUGGCCGAAGCGAAGCCAUAAAGCGCCCAAAACGCUGUCGGAGAUCGUUUAG